GUACAUGGCCACUGAUGCUGCUGCUGCUGCUGCUGCUGGAUAGAUGUAAAUAAGAAUGGCGAGGACAGCGGCUCCAACAUGGCGCUUUAUCUCAGCUUGACGUCGCUCCGUUUUAUGGCGCCGGCGGGAAAUCGCAAAACGCCUCAUAUUUCUCCCUUUUGAAUCCGAAUCUGCCUUGACAGCCUGAUGGUUUUCAUUUGACACGGGAUCCGACUCGGACGGCCGGCUUCUUCUAAUAAACACUCGGGAAAAAACGGGUCAUUAUGACCAUAGUAUCCUCCAGUAAAAGAAAACCAUCGGAUUGCUUUUACGCGGCGGCGGUUUGUUUGCAUUUUUUGCUUUGGAUUUCGUGCGGCGCGUCCGGAGAGGAGGAGGAUCAUCCGUUCAGCGUUGAGGGAUGGCUACAAAGGUAUGGUUACCUUCCCCGCACAGAACCGGCAAUGUCUGUCCUGCACUCAGCCCAAACUAUGCACUUGGCCAUUGCUGCUAUGCAGCGUGUCUACGGGCUCAAUGUCACAGGGACACUGGAUGAGAAAACCAAGGAUUGGAUGCAAAGGCCGCGCUGUGGCGUUCCAGACAACGGCUCAAGGUCACGGAAGAGGAGGUAUGCGCUGACAGGACAAAAGUGGCAGCGCACACACAUCACUUACAGCAUAAAAAAUGUCACACCAAAGGUGGGCGCUCGGGAGACUCACGAUGCCAUUCGCCGGGCAUUUGAUGUUUGGCAGGGCGUGACCCCCCUACGCUUUGAGGCCGUUCCCUACAGCGCCUUGGAGACUGGCAGGCGGGAUGUGGACAUCACCAUCAUCUUUGCUUCGGGUUUCCAUGGUGACAGCUCCCCCUUUGAUGGGGAGGGAGGAUUCCUCGCCCACGCUUUCCCCGGCCCGGGCAUAGGAGGCGACACCCACUUUGACUCAGAUGAGCCGUGGACCCUGGGGAACCCAAACCAUGAUGGUAUGUGACACACUGACUGAAUGGAGAGAUAACAGGA